AUGAAGGACUCUUCAACUUUCAGCAAAAAUUUUAACACCUUCUUUUUAGAAAAAAAAAAAAGAGAAGAUAAUUUAACUAAAGAAAAAAAAGCAAAAGAACAAUUUUACGAUAUAAAAAAUUUCAAAGUUCAUAGAGACAAUGAAUUUAUGGAAAAAAAUAUAAAUAUAAUUAUAUCAGAAAAGGAUAUCAAAAAUAUAAAUAUGAAAAAUAAUGAAGAAGACAUAUUUAAAGGUAUAAAUAUAAAUAGAAAAAAAGAUAAAAGAAAUGUUAUAAUUUCAAAUGGUAACAAUGCUAGUAAUAAUAUACCAAAUGAAUGUUCUAAAAAUGUAUUUGAAAAUAAUAAUAAAAAGGAGAAUUUACAAGAUGAAGUAAAGGAUAAUAUUAUAAAAAAUAAAACUAUUUUAAUAAAUACUGAUGAUGAUAUAUAUGAUAUAUUAAAAUUAAAUAAUAUUAUAAAUAAUGAACCAUUUAAAAGGAUGCAAGAGUUGAAACUAAAAAUUAAUAAUAGAUAUUUAGAUAAAUGUGAAAAUAUUUCUAACCAUGUCAUAAAGGAAUAUCAUAAUAUUAUAAAUAAUUAUAUUGAUGAUAUAAAAAGAGAAACCUUAUUAAAUAUAAAUAGAUUAAAAGAAAAUGUAGAAAAUUUGUUUCAUAUGAUAGAUAAUUAUAUCCACGAAGUUAUUAACCUUAAAAAUAUUUUCAAUCAGAAAGAAUCUAAUCCUAAUUAUGGAUAUAACUAUAAAUUUAUAAUUUCAUAUUAUGAAGAUUUAAUUUUAUCAAAUAUAUAUGAAAAAAUGAUAUUAACUAAUAAUUUCCAAGACAACAAUUUUUACACUGUUGUUGAAAAUUUAAAAAGUGAUUUAACUAACCAAAUGAAAAAAAAAAUUCGAGAAAAAAAAAAUGUAAUUAAAGAAAAAUGGACCAAUAUUAAAAAUACCUUUACACAAAUAAAUGAAGAAAUGAAAUUAUUCAUAUCUAAAUUUGAAAAGAAAUAUAAUGAAUCUAUAAAUAUGAUAAAUAUAGAAACAGAAGAGUUAGAAAAAAAAUUAACACAAAAUAUUUAUUUUAAUCAAAUCGAAAUAAAUAAUUUAAUUCAUAAAGAAAAUGAAAAUAAUAAAUUAUUCUUUUCACAACUAUUAAAUUCAUUCAAUGAUUAUAUAAUGAAUUUAUAUAAUUCUAUAUAUACAAAAUAUUCUAAAUGUGAAUGUCUUUUUUUCUUUCAUAUAUUAAAUCAAUUAAAUCAAGAAGAAUCGUGUUAUGUUUUCUCAAUAAUUUCUGAAAAUUUUAUAAACAAUUUAUCUAAUGAUAAAGUUUUAAAUUAUUUUUUAAAAAGGUUACAAGAUAAUUAUCAAUCAAUAUAUAAAAAAAGAGUCGAAUUACAUAAGGAAGAUUAUUUUUCCAAUUUUUUUUUUUUUUUUAAAACUUAUGAAGAUUUUUAUAUAUAUUUAAAUACUUAUUAUGAAGAAUAUAUUAAAAUGUAUGAUGAAAUUUAUAAACAGUUGAUAUGUUAUAGAGAUGUAAUCUUUUUUGUUCUCUUCAAUUGUGAUCAAUUUUUAUUACUUAUUAAAGAUGAGGAGCAGAACAAAAUGGUGCAAAAAGAAAGAAAAAGAGGUGUGAAAAAAGGUGCGAAUUAUAAAAAAAAAGAAAUUAAAAUAAAUCAGAAUGUACAUAUUGCAGAUAAAAACCAUUUCAUUCAUAUUGAAAAACCAUUUUAUAAAACAACUAUAAUGGAUGCUAAUAAUAAUAAUAAUAAUAAUAAUAAUAAUAAUAAUAUCUCUCAGGUUAAUUACCAAUUUAAUCAUGAUAACAACACAAGCGAUUCUAUUAUAAUAAAUAAUAUAAACAAUGAAACAUUAAAAUGUAAAGAAGAUAAUAAAAGUAUUUAUAGCAAAGAAGAAAGCCUUGCACUCAUUAAUAAAAAUAAAAUGAUUUUUGAAAAAUAUAUUGAAAAUAUAUUAAAUUAUUAUAAUAUUAUAAAUUUAAGAGAUGAUUAUUUUUUAUUAUCCUUUUUUCAAUUUAUUGAAAUGUUAAGAACUCAUCUACACUUAUCCAAUAUAAAUAUUGAAAAUAAAAUGUGCGAAAAUAUUUUCAAGUGCAAAAAGGAAAAUGAAGAAUUAAAAAUAAAAUAUUAUCUACAUUUUAAACAAUACAAUGAAAAUGUAAAAAAUUGUUUAAAAUGUAAAGAUUAUAUUGAAUUAAACAAUUUAAUAAAUAUGAAUAAUAUCUUAGUAGACAAAUUAAAACAAAUAAUUAAAAAUAUAAAUGAAAAAGUACAAUAUUUAUGUGAUUUUAUCGAUACCGAUUUAAAGGAAUAUUCUUCCAAAUUUUUUUUUUCUCUAUUAAAAGAAACCAAAAUAGUAGCUAGCCAAAAAGAAAAUCAAAAUGAUCAGGAAAAAAAAAAUCCAAAAAAAAAAAAAAAAAAGAAAAAGAAAAAGAAAAUAAUCAUAAUGAUGAUAAUAAAUAAAAAUUAUGAUAUUGAGAAUGUAAAAAAUUCGAAUGAUAUACAUAUUGAGACAAAAAAUUUUAUUUUAAAAGAGGAUAAUAAUAAAAAUAAGGAGGAUGAAAUAAAAUUAAUAAAUCAAUUUAUAAAUGGAGAAUAUGUAUAUAUUUAUGAUAUAUCAAAUAUUAUUCAAUAUGUGUAUACAAAUUAUGAAUAUAAUAUAAAACUGUUAUUAAAGAAUUGUAAGAGUAAUAGGACUUCAAAAAAUAAAAACAAAUCAAAGGUAGAACAAAAUAAUACAAAUGUUAAUAUAAAACCUUUUUGUAUAUAUCACAAAAGUUUGAUACAAAAUAAUAUUAGUUAUAUUAAAAGAAAAAUAAUUUCAAGAAAUAUUAAAAAGAAAAAAGAAAACAUAUCAGAACAAAAAGAAGAAAAUAUUAUAACUGACAGAGAUUGGAAUGUUUCUUUUUCGUUGCCCCAAAUAUUUUUUGAUACAUCUAUAAAUUAUGUUAACAUUUUAUUCAAUGUUAAUAAUCUGAAAGAAAGUUUUCAACCUUUUGUAGCAAAUUAUUACGAAUAUUUCAAAAACAUUUUUUUUGAAUAUUUAUUAAAAAUAAAAACAACUACAGAAAAGAUAAAAUAUAGUAAUUAUUUUGAACAUAUAGAUGAAACACAUCUAAACGAAAUAUUUAAUAAAAAUGAGAUAAGCAUAAAUCAAGUUUAUAAUCAAUUGAAUGAGAAAUUCUUAAAAAAUAAAGAAAUAUAUAUAAUUUCUACAAACAAAUUAAAUGAGUUAAUACAUAUGUAUACAAAUAUUAUAAAUGAUUCAGUAGAAGAAAAAAACAUGCAAACUUGUAUCAAAAAUAUAGAAAAAAUAUUAUCAGAAAAAAUAGAAAAUUUUGAUAAUUUUUAUAGAACAUAUGUAACAUUGUUUGAAAAAUUUAAAGAGACUUAUAAUAAUUUUAUGAAAGAAUUAGAAAAUAUGAUAAAUAAAUUAAAUAAAGAAAUAAAAAAAUUAGAAAAGUAUUAUGAAAUGAUCGUAAAUAUUGAUGGCAAAAAUUUUGAUAAAGAAGAAAUUGUAAAAAGAAUAAAAUGUUCUAACGAAUUUGCACAAUCUGUUAUAAAAAAAAAACAAGACAUAGAUAAUUUAUACAAUGCAAAUCUUUAUAUAUUUAAUAAUAAAAUCAAAAUUAUAAAAUCAAAAUGUAUCAAUAAUAAAAUUAAUAUAAUAAAUGAUGAAGGAAAUAAAAAAGUGUCUACAAAUAAUGAAAUGAUAAAUUAUUUAUCUAUAAAAGAAGAAAUAAAAAAUAAUAUUUUAAUAUUUUAUGUUUUAAUUUAUCAUAUAAAAAAGGAUAUUAUUUCUUAUAAGAACAUAAAAAGGAAUUAUCAAAAUGUGGUACAAGAACAAGAGGUAGAUAUUAAUGAAAAAAAACAAAAAUAUGGAAAUAAAAAUAAAAUAAAAAAUGAUCAUAAUAAUAAUAUUAAUGGUAAUAUAAAUGUAUUAAAAAAUAACAAAAUGAAUAUAUUAUAUACUAUGGAAAAUAAAAAUGUGAAAAAAGGAAUAUAUAAGAAGAACAAGAAUACGUCUUAUAAUAAUAAUAAUAAUAAUAAUAAUAAUAUUUUAAAAGAUAAAAAUAUGAAUUCUAAUAUUGACAACAUAAAUAUUGAAAACAAAUUUAAAGAUAUACAGAAUUAUAUUUAUAAAAUAAAUAUAUUCCAGAAAAUAAAAAACAUUUACGAAUUAGAUAUCAAAUCUAAUAAUUCUAUUGUAAAUAAUUUUUUUUUUUUUUUCAAAAUAUUUCAAAAUAUUAAUGAUUUACUUUUCUCUGAAAAUAAUAAUAUUGAAGAAUAUAAUGACAAAUUGAUCACCUUCGAAAUGUUUAUAAAUCAAUUAAAAUAUGAACAAAAAGAUGAGGGUAUAUUUAAAAAGGAAAAAAAUGUCAUUGAAAUUGAGAAACAUAAUGAGGAAAAUAUAAAAAAAAAUAAAAACAAAAAAUUCAAUCAUUUAAAUAACAUGUUUGAUAUUAAUAAAAAUGAAGAAAAUAUUUUUUUGAAUGUUAAAAAUUUAAAAGAACAUAAUGAACAGAAAAAUAAAUGUACACAAAAAAUCUUUGAUUGCAAAGAAGACAUUCAAACUUACAUAAUAAGUAAUAUUAUCAAUAAAAAAUAUUGUGAUAUUAAAUUUUUUUUAUAUAUCUGUUCAUAUAUCAUUUACUAUAUUUGUAAGGUUAUUCAAAUUGAUGAUUGUAAUAAUAUUAUGAAGGAAAAGAAAGAAAAAUCUCAACAUUUAUUAUACAUAUCAUAUGAUAUGUCUUAUAUGAUAUAUAAAAAUCAUAUAUUAAAUGAAAAGAGUCCGAAAAAUAAUAUAAUACAAAUUCAAAAUAUAAAGAUAAAUAAAAAGUCAAUGUCUUCAUUUAUAUAUUUACCAAAUCAUUUAUAUUAUAAAAUAGAAUUAACUAAUUUAUUUCACUUUGAAAAAAAAAUUAUCUUUGAUUUAUUUGAAAAGUUUUUUUCUCAAAUUAUAAGUUUACAGACUUUUGACGAGAAAAAUAAGAAUUUUCAAAAGGUUCAAAAUGAAUAUAUUAAUGACAUUUUUCAGCUAGCUAUUUAUUUAAAAGUUUUAUCGAAGAAAAUUAGCUAUUUUGUUUUUUUUCAUAUUUAUGAGCAUCAUGAGAAAUUAAGCAAAGAUAGAAUAAAUUAUCUGAAUAUAAAUUUUAUAAAAACAUUUGAUCAAUUAAGUGAAGAAAUAAAAAUUAGCGAUGAUAAUCCUAAUAGUAUUAUAAGAAGAAAAAAGGAAUUAAAAAAAUUAUUUGAACAAUAUGUUUUGAACAUAAGAAUUUUAUUAGCAAAUCUUUUAUAUUCAUUUUAUGAAAAUUUAUAUAACAAUUUUAUUUUUUUCAUACAUCUUUUAAAUUUAUUGCCUUGUAAUUUUUCUUUACUCUCUAAUAAACAUAAUGAACAUAACAUCAAAGAUAAAAACAAAGAAGCGACAAAUUUAAUAAAAAUUGAAUAUAUAGACAAUUCCAUAAAUUAUGAUUUAAAUGAUAUAAUGAAAAAAAUUAACAACGUAUAUAACAAUCUUAAUGUAGAACAAACAAAAGAAAAAGCAAAAUUUAAUGAAAAUUAUAUCACUAAUUAUAAAAUGUAUAUGAAUAUAAAUAAUGAUAUAUUAUAUAUGAACUUUCAUUAUAAUAAUUCAUAUAUUGUUAAAAAAUUAGAAAAAAAAAUUGAGAAAUUUAUGGCAAAGUUUUACACACAUAUAACAAAUAUUGUGGAUGAAAAAAAAAAAGAAAUCAUAAAAAUUAUUUCAAACGAUAAAAAAAUAAACAGGAAAUAUUAUGAAUAA